GCCUGAGAUCAUUAUAGUUGGGAUUAGGCAUUAGCGGCAGAGAAGAGUUGUCCCUACCUAAGUCUUGCAGGCUGAGUUGAAGCUAUAACCAGCAGCUGACAACUGUCACCCUAGAGGGCACCUUGGAGAUGGGGCAGUGAUGUUUCUGUCCUACUCAGGUAAGGCUGGGUAAGGCAAACCCCAGUAUGAAGAUGGAGAUGUGGUACUGGACAGGCUUGAUCUAUGGUGGAAAUGGUUCCUUGAACCACCUCAGGAGGCAGGCUACUAAGUACCUAGACCACUGCCACAGGCAAGCAGGUGACCAUGAGAGCAGCUAUUGGUACCACCUUCUACUGCUACUUCUACCUCCUAUACUAGGGUGCUCUCUCUCUUUCUCUCUCUCCUCUAGGACAUUUUUGAUAAGAACCAAAGAGGCCCCACCCCCACCCCACUUAACAAACCAUCUGCUCUGUGCCUGGUGUGCUGGGACCAGGAACCAGGACCUUUCACAGCUAGUGGCAGAGUUGGGGGAGGUGUGGUCUAGUGGUCCUGAUUAAUGGAGCCAAGACCCCAGAGAAAGAGGAAGGGGUUCUGGCUGUAAGUUGCAUGUCCCAUGCAUCUGUCCUAUAGAACAUGGGGACAGGACACACAGCCUUGCAGGUUUCUUCUAGCAACCUGUUAUGAUUGCAGAUGAAUACUGUCUCUCGUGGUGUUUCCCAAGGCUGACAAUCACAAGUACCCUCAAAUUAACAACUGGUCCAUGCAGCAUCCUGGGAAGACCGUGGGCAGAGGCAGUUUUCAGCUUGCACCGCACACUGCAGGGCACACAGCCAGCCCCACUUCACUUAGGUCCUCACCCCUCUCCCCACAUGGGCCAAUGGUGGUGUCACCCAAAGCAAAUUGACACUAUUUUUCCCUUGGUAACCGCAAAGGGGGAGAAUCACCCGUCUCCUAAUUUUAACCAGUACGUGAGGGACCAGGGCGCUAUGACCGACCAGCUGAGCAGGCGGCAAAUCCGUGAAUACCAGCUCUACAGCCGGACCAGUGGCAAGCACGUGCAGGUCACCGGACGUCGCAUCUCUGCCACCGCAGAGGAUGGCAACAAGUUCGCCAAGCUCAUCGUGGAGACAGAUACAUUCGGCAGCAGAGUCCGCAUCAAGGGGGCAGAGAGCGAGAAGUACAUCUGUAUGAACAAGAGGGGCAAGCUGAUUGGGAAGCCGAGCGGGAAGAGCAAAGACUGCGUGUUCACCGAGAUCGUACUGGAGAACAACUACACGGCCUUCCAGAACGCCCGGCACGAGGGCUGGUUCAUGGCUUUCACUCGGCAGGGCCGGCCACGCCAGGCCUCCCGGAGCCGCCAGAACCAGCGAGAGGCCCACUUCAUCAAGCGCCUCUACCAAGGCCAGCUGCCUUUUCCCAACCACGCUGAAAGGCAGAAGCAGUUCGAAUUUGUGGGCUCCGCCCCCACUCGCAGGACCAAGCGCACUCGGAGGCCCCAGUCCCAAACGUAGUCAGGGAGGCCAGUAGUGUGCCAGGCUGGGUAGAUGCCCCUCAGCAGCCUUCCCUCUCUUCUCUAACUCAUCCAAAGAUGGGGGCUGGGGAGGAAGGUGGGGAGCCAGUCUCCAAAAGGACCCCGAGGGCAUGAAGUUUCUGAUCCCCACUGGGAAGAGACAGUACUUGUGUAUCCCAGGGUGGGCACCAUUCUAUGGAACAGGUUUGAGGCCAGAGGCAGACCCCGGCAGAAGAAAUAGGGUCUCCUUGACCUAAAAUGCCUGCUUCCCAGCGUCUACCUGAAAUAAGCGGGCUGCUCAGCAGAUUCCAGAGCUUGCACAACUGUGCUCAAAUCUUGCUCCCUGAACCUCUCUGAAUCUGAACCAAAUAGCCAAACUCUUGGCCAGACCGUAGGGACUUACGGUUUUGUUUUCAAAAACAGACAGAGACAGAAAGAGAAACAAAAGCCAGUCAGCCACUGUUCUUAUUUCUCGCCCCAGGCCUGCGUCCCCACCCCAAGCCCCAGAAUAAAACCAUUUUCCUGCAA